AUGUGCAAGAUGAGCACGACGGCUCGGGCGGCCUGGCAGGCAACGCUGCGGGUGCGAAAAACGGAGAGCCCGCUGAUUCGUUGCUUCGUCCAGUCGUCCAUCUCCGUGAUGCUCGACUGUGCGCAAGAGAUCCCGGCCACGCGACUCUGUACUCUGGAUCAGCAGGGAACGACGGCUAUGGCACCGCAUGCAUCGGACGCGGACGACGAGUCUGCUUUGCAGGAUGCUGAUGGCGACCGCUUGGACCAGCAAGUGGCCGCUGAUUCCCCUCUCAACCGGGCGUCCGGUUCCCAGUCUGGCGUAGGGGCCUCCUCUGGCCAACAUUCUGAGCGAACCAAGAUCAUCGGGGCGAGGGCGAUCAGUGCGGCGGAGUUUGAGGAGUUGAGAAGGUUGCGAGACACGAAGAGGGACAGGGGUUCGCAGAGUGUCGAGGUGAUGAGGUACGAGGCUUGCCAGUUCUACGGCCUCAAGGACCUUGACGAGCACUUUUUUAAGGAGACGAAGGCCGAGUACAAGCCCCCGUUCUCAAAGAAGCUCGACUUUAUGCUAAAGGUGCUACUUCCAGGGCGGUUCCUCGACGAGGGGGCAGUGGCCCGCCAGAGUCUCGACGUCAAGAUGGUGGAGACCGCGCGGGGGCUGCUCAAGGACUUGGGCCUGGCGCAUGCGUUUGACGUGGACGGUGAAACGCGCUCGCUCCUUGCAGGCGGACUCAAAGGCAGGCUAUUGCGAUCAGACCUGUUCAAGGGUCGCCCUACGCAGGUCGGUUCAAAGACCACAAUGUCGGAGAAGCCCGUUUCCGAGAUGUUCCGGAUCCAGUUGCCGGCGCCCAAAGAGGGAAAAGCUGAACUCGAUCCCGUCCAGUUUAAGGCGGUGAUGAACGUUGUGCUCGGACACAUGGGCCUCAAGCUGGGGAAGGCAGUUGAGGUGAGCCGCCCGCGACGAGGGAAGGGGAAGCAGCACGAGUCGGCGUCCGGGAACAGCGAUUACAAGUACAAGCUGGAGCGGAAGUACGUUCUCAGGAUGGCAAAGCUCGUCAAGCUGCAGUUUCGAGAAGUCCCUCGAGUCUGGCAGCUUCGGAGAGAGCUGGAGCCUGCAGUCCGAGCGUUCCUCAACGAGGUAGAUGCCAGCGAUCUGGAUCAUUUGUUGCGCAGGCCCUCUGGUCACCCUUUGAUAGAGGAUUUGAGCUCACCAACAGGCGAGGAGAGUCCUGAGUGUAUGAUUGUGAUUCGGUGAUUAUCGGGAGAAUAAAGUAAUUGUAUAUUGAGGUUCUCAAAUGCGUCAAAGAUGGACAAGGGUAUAGACAAGGCUGAAUGCGAAUCAACCUAGAAUCGCCACAAUCGAUUAUGUUUAAGCGUGACGUACUAAGGUAUGACACAAAUAGUGGCCCAAAGAUAGUGAUGUUCAUUACGUGAGCAAGGAAAAGAUAGCUAAUGUAUGAUAUUGAAAAUCACGACUCCGCAAUCGUAUAUGAGACAUGCAACGAAACCGUCAAUGUGCACCGUCUUGCCAAC